AUGUCACCGACGGACCGUGCCUCCGUGCGCCAAAUUCUUGCUACAGAAGGCGUCCUGGGACUAGGUCUUGCCUUGCGCGACGAAGCACUACGCCCGCAGCUGGCCCUGCAAGCGUUGGGUGAAUGCCCUUCGGUUCGCUGUGCCACGCAGCGCCUAGCACGGCCUGAGGUGCGCCAGGCCUUUUUGGACUUCGCAGUGUGCAUGGUAGAAACGAUGCCAGCACCGCUAAAGGUGUUGGCAUUAGGAUCCGGCCAUUUGCUCUUUGAGCUGGAGUUGCUGGAGGCUUUGAGGCACCGCCUUUGCCUCAGCUUCUCGGUCAUACACCUGGUGGAUCCGCUGUAUGUCGAAGAAUGCGAGCAGCUCAAAGGACGCCAGCAUAGAAGACAUGCUUUGGAAGCAGUGGAGGCAUUCAAGUCCUGGUUUGAUGACACCUUGGUGGCAACAUACAGAUCUGUGGACCAGUUCAAUCAAGCCCAGGAUGACUCAAUGCUGGACCUUGUGCUCCAGUUGGACGCUGAAGCUCUGGACUACGACAAGGAGGUCAAACCGCUACUUGCGUGCCACUUGGCGCCUGAGGGUCGCUUCCUACGGCUUAGUGGCUGUUGUGGACACGAGGAUGGUCACUUCAAUGCAGGUCGAAGUCUUUUCAAGCGCCUCCUGGACGCCUCCGUGGAAGGUUUGUGCGAGGGUGGCUGUGGUUGCACCAGUUGGCAGAGGGCCUUCCAAGCCCCUGAGCUGCCGGCGACACGACGAAGGUACCUGGAAAGGUUCGUUCACCUUCCUCAGGAAAGCCGCGUAUCUGGGCAGCUGUGCCUGUUUCGGGUGACUGCAGAGAAGGUCCCGAAAGGUGUGGUGGUCAUCCGGAAUGCUCCACGACUUGAUGGGCAGCUGGUGGGUCUCAAACGUCAGGGUGAACUCGUGAUAGUGGACCACCAGGAAUGGCCUUGGGUUCGUUUGUCUGCUGAGGACGACUGGCUUGCAGAAAUGAGAGAGCUUUACAGGCUCGAAGGGAGGAGCGACGUUUUAAAUGCUUGGCUCCUUGGCUUGAGAGAGAGUACAGCUCCAUGCUUGGAACCGCCAGGAGCCCCUAGUAGCAUCCUUGCUCCCAGUAGCGAUGCCAGGAGCCCCUAG